AUGUGCAGCCAUCUUACGUUUUGCGAAUGAUAUCAUUACCGGUACAAGUAUUUUGCAGAAUUAUGAAGUUGUGAAGAAUAAUUUUGCCAUAUUGGUUUGGCAUAGACUGUUGACCAGUGUUGUGAGAAUCAAACCCGAGUCUGAGACCAUGUCGGAGGAUGUCGACAAGCCCCCUGCACCCCCAGUGCGACUUGAGAGUGCCAGGGAGUCCUCUCACUCUCAGGAAUACAAGCCGUUGCCACGGGAACCAGAUGCCAAAGAAGAUCGUAAGAAGACCAGGACACCCAAAGGCGGCAAGACUGCGAAAAUAAAGGAAAAUGAGAAGCCGGUUAUUUCGGCUCCGUCGAACUUCGAACAUACAGUCCAUGUUGGCUUUGACCCACACACGGGUGAAUUCACAGGUAUGCCGGAGUCGUGGGCUCGCCUGUUGCAGAGUUCGAACAUUUCCAAGUGGGAGCAGAAGAAAAACCCGCAAGCUGUGCUCGAUGUACUUAACUACUAUGACAAGUCGUCGAAGGAGACCAAUGAAUCGAAGUUCAUGAUGAAACCUUCCAGUAGUAAUUCGGUGAAAUCCAACUUGUCAGAUAAAGUUUCAGAAGGAUUGAUUCCGACAGUGGCUAAACCGGACAGCUCCUCGACCCCGACACCCAGUGAAGAAGACGACGAUGAAUCGGCCCCUCCACCGAUCGCUGCUCGACCAGAUAAAACUAAGUCUAUAUACACAUGCCCAGUGGACAACGCUAAGCAGAAUGAUGCUGUCACAGAUAAUAAAGCUGAAAAACCAAAGAAGAAGAAGAUGACAGACGAGGAAAUAAUGGAGAAAUUAAGAACAAUUGUCUCUCUUGGUGACCCUAAUAGAAAAUACACCAAAAUGGAAAAAAUAGGCCAAGGGGCUUCUGGCACCGUGUACAUCGCUAUCGAGGUUUCGACUGGUCGCGAGGUGGCCAUCAAAACGAUGAAUCUGUCUCAGCAGCCCAAGAAGGAGCUGAUAAUCAACGAGAUCCUCGUCAUGAGGGAACACCAGAACCCCAACAUUGUCAACUAUCUCGACAGCUACCUGGUCGGAGAGGAGCUCUGGGUCGUAAUGGAGUUUCUGGCAGGUGGUUCACUUACCGAUGUUGUCACGGAAACAUGCAUGGACGAAGGUCAGAUUGCAGCUGUUUCAAGGGAGUGUCUGCAAGCUCUGGAGUUCCUGCAUGAAAACCAGGUGAUUCACCGCGACAUUAAGAGUGACAACAUUCUUCUUGGUAUGGACGGAAGCGUCAAGCUCACUGAUUUCGGUUUCUGUGCUCAGUUGUCUCCUGAACAGAGUAAGAGGUCCACUAUGGUUGGCACACCCUACUGGAUGGCUCCUGAAGUUGUCACAAGGAAACAGUACGGACCAAAGGUUGACAUAUGGAGUUUGGGCAUUAUGGCAAUAGAAAUGAUUGAAGGCGAGCCUCCGUAUUUAAAUGAAAAUCCUUUACGAGCAUUGUAUUUGAUAGCGACCAAUGGCAAGCCCGAGAUCAAGGAGAAACAGAAGUUGUCUCCCGUCUUCCAGGAUUUCCUAGAUAAAUGUCUCGAAGUCGACGUUGACAAGCGCUGUUCCGCAUCCGAAUUGCUUAAGCAUCCAUUUCUACGAUUAGCAAAACCAUUAGCAAGUCUAGUACCCCUUAUAAUAGCAGCCAAGGAGGCCCAAAAGGGGCACUGAGGUUUUACAGGUGUUUUGGUACGAGAUGAUCCGAAGCUGCCUUUUCGACAGUUACCGAGACUACACCCAGAGACUGCGACGGUUGUGACAGGCCUUUUUUGUAAUCUUCUCUCGCCCGCUCAACAUCACUUCGACUUGCUUUGCCGAGCACGAGAGGUUUAUUGGAGCUCAAAGACUUUUUAAAGUAUUCAUGUGUACACACCUCAAGUCUCUCAAACAGACAUGAUGGACUUCCCUCAUAUCGACAUUCUUAUGUUGCUGGUCACAUUCUGUUGUUAUAAUAUUUCGACUGCAUUUCCAGGCCUCGGGAGGGGAAUAAUUAUGCAUAUAAUCGUUUAGUUCUUGGUUCAUUUGUGCAAGUAUAGUCUUGUGUAACCCAUUUUUUCAUUUGUGCAUUAAAUAUUUAGGAGAUCAUUUACAGUGCAAAAUAUGAAAGUAGGUGGUCCGAUUUUUUGCAUGUGGAUAACCUUUAAAUAGAUUACUUUCAUUUUGUGUUUCCCGAGGCCUGAUUUCACAGCCAAUGUUGAUCAACAGGGGAAACCAGACUUGAGACGUUAUUUGUGGUAUUUGGUUGUGGAAGCAUAUAUCCAGUUGGAUAAAAUCAAAAAAUGCCAAAUCAAUAUAGUGGUGAACUGUUUGAUUGAUGUAAAAUUGGAAUGUGUUGUUUGAAAGGUGUGGCUUGUUUGUUGUGCAUCUGUGUUGAUUUAAAAAAAAACUAUACAGGGUGUAAAGAUAGAAACUGCUGUUGCUGUAGUGUAUGGUUGCAGUUUGUAGCGACUGCACUCCUUAAUAUUUGCUUGCUUCUACUUAACAAAUAACACACUCAUGGUAGUCCGUUUCAUCUCGCUUCCAAGGUUUUGUUAUUAUCUCUAAAAUCAGGGUGGAAAAAUAGUCGGAUUUUUUUUCCGGAAUUCCAGAUGUGUGUAGGAAAUAAUGCAAGUGGGGAGGGUCUAGACUGAAGAUUGAAGUUUCUAGGAGUGGGUGUAAGUCGUGCUCUCCAGGAAAAUAUAUUAAGAAAUAAAAGUGUUUAUAAGCAGGGAGGGUUUUGAACUUCAAAACUGACCUUGCAUACGUGCCUGAAUUCUGAAAUUUUAUUACCUCCCAAAACUAUCCUGUCUCUGUUCUUUGAUAAUCCAAUAAUAGUUUUGGAUUUUUUGUUUGCUGUGGUUCAUUUUUAUCUCUACUAAAUGGAGAAACUGUUUUACUCUGAUCUCUGGAGAUACAAAAUUAAAAUAGGAGAAUUGGUUUUUAAUCUGUAAUUUAGUGAAGAACAGAAAUCUUCUCGAGGCUUGCUGAAUGCAGCCAAAACAGAAUGAAGCUGUUGCACUGUUAUAUGUUUCUUUUAUAGGAUAUUAAAUUUUUAAUUGUCACAAACUUAAGCGACUGACAAUGAAAAUUAGUAGGCGAGGGACUUAAACAUGAUACGAAAUGGUAGUUAGUUUAAUAUCCUAUUUAUUACCCAUAAUCAAUUUUAAUUUAUAUCAUUGAUCUUGUUUGGCUGACUUUCUGGUAAUGUUGUAGUGUGUCAAUCGAUGACUUCAAGAUGUUAUGUCCCACUUGACGUUCUAGUGGAACGUAAUACUGAUAUGAGCCAGUAUAUUUUUUAACCAUAUGGGUAAUAAUUGUGGUUAUGAAACAGAAAGGUAUGCAGGAACAUUUUGUUCAAUUUCGCGUGGCGAUUUGCUAAGCAGAUUUCAGAUAUCUCUUAAUAAUUUCUAAACAUUUAAACAGUAAUUGUUAAUCAAUUUUCAGUUAACUAGAAAUGUCGCUAAUAACAUUUUUAAAAAGAAAAUUUUCUUUGAUAGGGUUGGGGUUUGGAGGGUAAGGAAUGAUGUUUAUUUCUGGGGUUUUUCAACUACCGUAUACGCAAAUAUUUUCGCGGCUAAAAUAAUUCGCGAUCGGGCUUUCAUUUUACAUUUUUGCGAGGAAUUAUUUUUGCGAUUGUGUCCCCCUAUAAUAAAAUCAAAAUUACCCAUAUUUCAUUUGCCAAACUCUUUUCAAUGACGAUUUCAAGCACAUGCUGUCAGCGAGACGUCAAUGUUGUAUGUAUGUCUGAUAAGACAUGUUAUUGGUGGAACACGCACAUAUGAUACAGAGAAUUGAAAAACGCAAAUAUCAGAAGAAAUAACUUUUAAUUAUUGGUGGUACCCAAAAACUUCCAUUCAAGGUUACAAAGAAAACAAACAAAACUUAGGUUACGUAAAAACGGAUUUAUGCGCAACUGUGUGUCACUUCGAAAAAAUCCAAGUGACCAGGCUGGUUUACAGAAUCACAUGACCUUGCGGACCUCUGACUGCUUGAUUUUGAUGUGUUGUAUAUUAUACGGUAAAUAAUAUUAUACCAGAUCGGAACUAAUUUCGCGCGUAAUUAAAUUCGCGGUGCUAUCAACGUGUUCGCGAUUUUCGCGGUAUAUUUUAUUCGCGAAAAUAUUUGCGUAUACGGUAUAUUAUUAUGUGCCAUAUAACUUACAUCCACAUUGAUAAGAUUAAACUUGUAAACAUAAUUUAUUUUGGUAUAAAUAUAUCCUGGGUUAUUGAAAUCAAACUGUUAUAUCAAAACAAGCACACUAGGCUGAGAAUUAAACAUCUUAUGGGAUUCAACACUUUUUCGGUUCAAUGACCUGUAAUCAUGGGAACCCAUCGCAAAUUGGUUUUCCCACAGUCAUGGUAAUUGUGGAUUAUGUUAAAUGAUAAUGGAAACACUUUCGGUUCUGUAAUUUUUGUCAACAUGUUACCAGAAAUGAUUGGUUUCAUAUAAUCUGGAGACCUUCCACAUAGCUGCUAAACUAGGUUAUAUGGUUUAAAGGCAUAUUAUCACAGACCACUGACCUAUUUAAUGAUCUAACAAAGUAUUACCUGAACAAAAAUAAUUUGAUUUGUCCUUAAAUGUACUUUAUUCAACCAUCUUCAUAACCACCAUACUCCAUUUAUUAAUGACAUUUUGUAAAAAUAAUUGAAUUAUGGCAAUGGUCCAUAAUUCAAAAACUAAAAUUGCCGAGAGGGAUGACAUGGAGUUCACUCCAUCCUGUUUCAGUUAAGGUGAUCCGAUAGCUAGAUUUCAUUUCCAACAAUUAAUGUCAUUUUUAUUUAUUCAUUUUUAGAGAAAUAAGGUCCUUAAAUCCGUGACAGUAUGCCUUUAAAAUACCCUCCUGUGUAUUUAAUAUAUUUGGCUUUUCCAAAUAAAAUAUCACAAUUUUCAUGCCAAAUGGUGAAUAUCUAUGCCCUGUGAUUUUCGGGAUAACCAGAACUCGCCUUGCCCAUUGCAAAAUUAGCCAACUGCUAAUUUUUAUACAACAUUCAGUAGCUGGCUAAUACAAUGCUGUUUAAAUUGGCCCUUGUUUUUUUUUAUCGGAUUCAAGGAAAAGCUAUACAUAUAUCAAAAUUGGCUAACACUAAAUUCUUUCUAGUAUGAGUUCUAGAUAACUGAAGAGAUGUACAUGGUGCCUGGAUAUGAUCUCUGAAUCCGUAUGCUGCAGUAUAGUUAUGCACAUAGAUCAAAGCUAUAAUAUAUAAGCUGAAGGGAGCAGGUUUUUGCACCGAUUAUAAUGCUUUUUUAAAAGGUUGUAUUUAUUUAAGACGGAGUAAUAAUAAUUGUAAAGUUGUGUAAUUGUGUAAUAUAAAUGUGUUUGGAUGUGUGUCUAGUGUCACUAGUAGGUAGGUGAUAGAACAACGCUUGGUGCUACGUGUUCAAAGAUUUAUACUAGAGAUGUAGAGAUGUAGAAAGUCUGCGGCUUGUUGUUUUGUAAUGUUUGUCUCGCCUUUACAAAGUAAAGCGAGAUAUAUUAUAUAUUAUUUUUCUGAUGGUAACAAUGGUGUCAACUUUUGCGUUAAAGUUUGGUGUUUAGAUGAAUUUCUCACAAACUAUGGGCCGAAUUUACAAAGCCUGUUUAUGUCUUGCCUGCAUUUACAAUGCUUAAACAUAUGCGUUGAAGAAAAACAGGCUUUGAAAAUUUGACCCAAUAAAUCAAAGAUCAAUGAAGUUUGUAGUUGCACCUAUGGAUGUUCAUCAUAAUGCACAUGAGAACAAAUAAUAAUAAACUUUAUAGAUGGAGAUAUGGAUGUUCAUCACGGUACACCGAAAAGGUUUAUGGUAGGCGAAACAUUUAAUUAUGUGGAAUUCUUGUAUGUACUUUCUAAUGUAUUAAGUGAAUGUUUUUGUAACUAGAUCUGAGGUGGGUUUUUUUUUUUUUGCAUUUUUAUUAUAUACUAUUGUAUAAUUAUGCAAAACGUGCCUCUUGACAAACAUUUGUAUUAUUCUGUACAUCUUUUGCUCAGUUUCAUGUAGACGUGCAUUUCACAUUGAGAUGUUUUUCUACCAUUUAACUGUUUUGUUCUCUCUCUCUCUCUGUCUCUCUCUCUCUGUGCACAUUAUGUUAAUUAAAGAUUAUAGAUGUUGUCAUCUACCUUAACCAAAAUACCACAAAAUCGAUUUUCCAUUUUAUAAUAUAAAGUUAUAAAAGAGUUGUCAUAGCUUGUUGAAAGAUGUGUUGAUACCACAUUUUAUAUUAUGUUCAUAAUUUCUUACUCUGGCAUUUAAAGCUUGGCAAAUUGAAAAACAAAUUGCUGAGUAAUCGGCAUUCUCAGGCUGUGUUUUUUUGUGUUUACAUACCCAUUAAAUCUUACUAUAGAAAUAAAAACCAUUCUGACUGUGCAAUAAAAAAAAAAUUAUUGCACAUAUGUGUAAUACAAAAUCUCGUAUUCUUGUCCCUAGCCAGGACGUUCUCUGUUGUUUCAAUUCCACAAAAUUCAGCUAACUUUUCAGACAAAGUAAAUGGUGUUAUUUAAUUAAACUUUUGUUAAUCAUAAUUUUACAAAAGUGGUACAUAAUAAAUACAGAACCAUAUGCCAGUUGUUUUUCCCAUGUUAUUUGAAAAACAGAAAGACAUGUUUUAUUUAAUGAUGCACUCAACACAUUUUAUUUACAGUUAUAUGGGGUCGAACAUAUGGUUAAGGACCACACAGAUAAUGAGAGGAAUCCCGCUGUCACCACUUCA